GUUCAAACAAGAUCACUCCACUAGCAUCUUCCACUACAUUAUCCACUACCUUAUUCACUUCAAGACAAAAUUCAUCUCACAAUGGCAAAGUUUCAUGCUGUAGUCAUUACUACUCUCCUUGCACUCUUUGCACAAGGGGUUACUGCUGGCCCUCAACUGGUUAAAUGUAGUGAUUGUGUCAACGCCGGACAUACAUGUAGAGGGGGUACUGCCUGCUAUAAGUCUGAUGAUGGGACAUUGUUUUGCGCGGGAGCGGGUCAGUUUAGUCCUCGUUGUCCCUAACUCUAGACGAGCUGAACUGCUGUUGGUAGUGUGCCGAGGCACAGGGUCACCAUGACCCUUGUGCUAACAAAGCACUGCUUACCUUCAAGAAGGAACAUAAAUUGAUAGUCAAGUCUGGAGGAAAAAAAAACCAACAAUAUCUCUUAGAAAAAUCUCUUGCUCGAAGAACCAACUACAUAU